GGUUAAGUGGCCAGCGCGCAUCAAAACCGAAAGCACGCGAGUUCAACGCAAAGCGCAUUCCACCAUUAUUUUAAGACUGAGGAGCAUGGAAGAUAUAGACUUAGAUUCCAAUCUACUUGAUGAUUUCACAAGCCUAGAAUUCCCUCAGCCGGAAGAAAUCAGCGAGUUUCUUAUAUUCGGUAAACCCGACGACCCGCAUACCGAUGUCAUCGACGACUUAGACGGUAUCAUCACCGUCUUGGAUAAGCCAAAGAAGGACUCCUUCCUAUGCUCGCCCCAAAUCUGCGACGAAGACGGCAUAAACUUCAACCUAAAAUGCUACUUAGAAAACGAAUUCGGCUUCGACGCCAAUUCCAUCCUCAACGAAAACAGCUUCAUCGAAAUCAAUAUUAAUCCAGAGAAUCUACUCUCCGAUUCAAGUUCGGGUGAUAUUUCGGAAUACCUAGGCAACUUCGAUUAUUUAUUACAGGACCAUCCGGAUUUCUGCGACAUCACAGCCUGCGAUGCAACCUCCGAGAGUCCGCUGCUGGAGAUGUUUCCGCACUUGAACGAUGAGAAGAACAAACGUCGCAGAUCGCUGCUUUUCGAAAACAACUUUGCGCCAAAGGGCAAGCAGGAGCAGACCAAAGAAAGAAAAACGCCGUUGAAGUUUAAUAAACAGAAUCACGACGCACUGCUUAACCACGAUUACACUCAAAAGAAGUGCGAAGAUCAGAAGUACUUCACUUGUCCUAUAAGCAAUUGUGAGAAGAUCUAUGCGAAAUCCUCGCACUUAAAAACACAUCUUCGGCGGCAUUCCGGCGAGAAGCCCUUCGCCUGUAAUUGGCUGAAUUGCAACUGGAAGUUCUCCAGGUCAGAUGAAUUGGCCAGACACAAACGGUCGCAUUCUGGAAUUAAACCAUACAAAUGUGAACUUUGCGAAAAGGCUUUUGCACGAUCAGAUCAUCUUUCCAAGCACAACAAAGUACAUAGAAAGAAGAUGGCACUGUACGGUUCGUACAUCAUCAAAAAGCGUCUGCGCUGCAACGAUUGA